CGACGAUGACGGCUCGCUGCCGCUCCCUAGCACGCCGCUGCUCACGCGUCACUAGUCCACGGACCAGAACCGUAAGCGCCAGCGCGUGCCCGGCGUACCGAUGCCCCCGCUCCGCAUGCCAAGCAUCCACCUCCCACAUGCGCCGCUCAGCGGCAGCCUCAUCGACCGCCACGACUCCUCCUCGCGCAAGCUUGCGCUCGACCUCAGCCUCAACCUCGACCGCCGCCUCGUGCCUCUCGGCCCUCACGGCGGCGACACGGAGGCGGGGGCGGACGCCGCGCACACCGUCGCGCCCAUGCUGACCCCUAUGCGCCUCCGACGCUGCGCCUCUCUCAUCGACUGAUCGUGGGCGCACGCCCAACGCCGACAAUGCCGGCAGUGGUGGCGGUGACGAGCAGCCGAACACGGGCAGUGGCAGUGACGGUGGCGGGAGGUUCAUACCGCUAUCACAUGUACGCGCAUCCCCUCGUUCUCUCUCCCUCGUCCAGCGUCACUGUUGAGGCCCCGCUGUUCCUAAACCGUGCACACACCGUCGCCGUCCCUCCACGCCCCCCGCUUCCAUCGCAAUUGCACUCCUCGCCCGCGCACAAAGCAUCAUGAAUAUUACUGCGCGUUGACGAGGAGGCCAUGGAGCCGCUGGCAGCGGAGAGACGAACUAGGAAGAAGGAGGCCAAGAGUCCCGUCGAACCUCUGGCUCCUCGCCGCUCAUCCUCUCCCAAUGUUCCUUCGCCAAACCUACCUUCCUCGCCGAUAGAUGCACCUCAGCAGCCACCGCCGUCUAUCUCCCUUCCACCUCCAGUCCCUAUGUCGUCUCCUCAGUCUGAUUCUAACUUCGCAACGCCCCAGCCCUAUCGCACGCCUCCAGAAUACCCCGCCGUCGGCUUGGGUACCUCGCCAUCAACUUCGCCUAAAUCGUCCUUCUCCAGGCCACACGUCACUCCACCUCCGCCCCCUCCUUCUGGGGUGCGCACUAUCUCUGCCGCAGCAUUCCGCCGUCCUCAGAAUCGUGUCCCAUCAGAAGGAUCUUUUUCCGCGGGAUCAGUACCAUCGGCCGCUGAAACAAGCCCUCUCAGCUUCAAGAAGCGCGGCUUGCCUAGCUCACCAUACGCGCUACGCCCUGGUGGGCACGGGUCGUCUGCGUCCCUUAGCCAGUCGCAGCCGCUCUCCGUUUCCCCCGCGCAGACACAGAGUCCGCCUGCGGUCGCGGAGGAUGACCAGUUUGAUUACAUCUCAGCGUAUGCGAACGAAACCGACGAUCACCAGCCAAGCAAAGGGGAGGGGUUUGCCAGCGGCCGAUACGCGACAAAUUUGGAGACCAGCGAGCUGCGAUGACUGUAUUCCUCCUAAUGUGUAGCAUCUUCGGCCUUGGCGGAACCUUGUGCUGUUGUAGUAUAUGGAGGCCGGAUAAGUGGCGUACUAUGUUGUAUCUUCUGUCACAUCAUGAUACUAUGCUAGGAUCUUGGUAUUUCACUCAUUUCUUUACGAUCAUUCAAAUGAAAGUAUGCCUUCGGGCAACCGCC